AUGCGCGUUGAUUACAACGCUCGUCAAAUAUCAUCUAUAUUGAUUAUGGCCAACACUGAGGAACACAAUGAUUCUAAUCCUAUCACUAAUCCGUAUUACUAUGCACAGGAGGUGGAUAAAUUUACACUAAAUUAUUACAACCGAAAGGAGCAGCUUCACGAUUUACCACCAAAUAGAAUAGCUAUUAAUGAAGAGCGGCAAUCGAAAUCAAAGAAAUGUUACAGGAAGAGAAACCGCUCUCAAGAAUCAUCAUCAUCAUCAUCAUACAUUAUCCGCCGAGAUAAAGAUAAACGAGGUCAUCGUCUGAUUAAAAUCAGAAUUUGCGAACUUAACGAGCAAGAGGAAAAUGUCAUCCGCGAUCUUAGUGCUAAUAUAAGUGUUUAA